AUGAGAGUACUGUACUGUACACGACGGAAGAUUGCGUCUUGUCUCAUGGCGCGUUAUUGCCUUGACUCAGUCCCGGACAGUUCUGCGCUGACUGACUCGACUCUCUCCUUUCUUCACGUGCUCGCUCGCUAUCGAGCAGACCAGAAACUCGAGGAUGUUGAUAUCACUGUUCAUUGCGACCUGACUGUCUUCGACUGGCUCAUGAAUUGGAUCGCUUCGAGCUCGCUGGACGGCAACAAGCCGCACGAUUUGAAUGUCAAAAUUGUGGUGCCCGUCCUAAUUUCCGCGGAAUUUCUGCAAAUGGACCAGCUCGUGGACUACGGGCUGGUCUACUUGAAGGACAACCUGAAGCAUGUGAUCCCGCACACACCAAGUUUCAGCAUUCUCGGCGACGCCCUGCUUACGAGGCUGGGGAAAUUGGUGCACGAGUCGGAACUAGAUGCUCUGGACGACCCGAAAGAUCGUAUCAAGACGAAGCUGUUUUGUCAGCUCAUCCUGUUGCUGGCAGCACCGUUGAGGGGAGAAGAGUCGGCCGCCGUGGGCCAUUUUGCAUCCGCCUGCUCUUUGUUUCGAUGCGCCGAGUGUGGCAAGUUGAUGACGGAGCCCGUCAAGCAGAGCGUGGAAUGCGUGGUGGGCAAGUACGCGUUCACACGGCGUGGCACUGUUGUCUACCACCACACAAGAGACGCGAAAUGGAGCUUGAGUCAGUAUAUCCGGUCAUUGCGUGUGGGUGGACUUGGGCUGAGUUGGAGGCGGAUUUACUGGCACCUCUGGGGCCUCGUGCACUUCUUCCGCUGUACCCGGUGCGGGGCCACGUUCCCAGCGCGGGACUUGGGUCGCUGUUGGUUCCAUCCGGAUCUACCCGAGUACCACUGGGUUGAGCAGAACCAGACGUCGAAACAGCCUGUUGGUCGAUUCCCGUGUUGUGAGACAAGAGCGUGGCGUUUCGACCCCUUGCCGUCAGCAUCAUCUGUGAGCUCUCAAACAAGUGGCUGUCACCGCACGGACCAUUCAGUGCAACUUGUCUAUAGUGACCGCACAAAGCAAGACGCUGUGCUGCUGGCCUACGACGAGGUCAUGUCGAAUCGAGAGCUUAUUUGUUGGGGGGCAACUUCGCUGUCACAGAGGGGAGACGGGGCCGAGGGUCAUUUGACGACUGGAAACAUCCGGAGACCAGAAGACGCCAGUCGUGACUCGACACACUGGCUCGACACCGUCAUCAACCAGCAUCCGUUUUGUGAUGAGAACAGUGUGAUGGUCAACUUGGUCAAGGUUGGUUUGCCAGCGACGACAGAUGGCUGUGAUGCAGAAACUGCCGGGGAUCAGGAGGGCAACUUGUGCGUUCUCCAAGACCAGUCGAGUCUGAGACAGUCUUCGACUGAAGACGAUUCAGACCUGGCAGAAGAUGACGAGGAUGAGGAAGAAGAAGAAGAAGAAGAGGAGGAGGAAGAAGAAGAAGAUGAUGGUGGUAAAGCACGAGUGGGAGUUGAGGGAGCGGAGGAGAGUGAUGAUGACAUGCUUGGUGAAGAGGACAACGACGACGAUGAGGAGGAGGAGAGUGGGCAAGACGACGAGGAAGAGGAACAUGGUGCAAGUGAUGGAGGAAAACGAGGAGAAGUGCGCGAGUUGGACAGGGUGGGAACUGUGUCCAUGACGCGGAGAGCUGGGAAAGAGGAGAGGAAGAGGAGACAGAAUGCGUUGGACACUGCAGCGUCAGUUCGUGGCGGCAGCAGCAGCGGCGGCGGCGUUGGCGCAUUGCGACGAAACCGACGACUGCGGACAAACACUGGUGGUCAGAGGGAUCCCAACAACAGCAGCAGCAGAGUCAACAGACAGGUACUGUGUACCGACCGUUCAGUAUGUGCUCUGUUGAUUCCAGUGUGUUGGAAAUCUGACCACCGUCCAUGUGUUGGACGACAGAUGGCGGACGUGGGAGGCGGCAGUAGCAAGCGGGGACGGCAGAUGACUGCGACCGGGUUCAGAAGUCGAGUACCGAGUAGUCGGCCAACGAGCAUCGUCAUUCACCAGAGAAAUAGGACUGCUACGCUGCACCAGCAACUGGCCCAAUGGCUGGCACCCAAUAGCGGUGCAGCGUGUUUCAAAAUGAUGGAGAAGCCGCGGCGUUGGAGCUACCUGUACUCGACCCGGCACAACCAGGACAACCAAAGAGAUUACGAGUUGCGCAUCAUGUCAAUGCUUGUGCGUCGCUUUUCGUUGAUGACAGUGCCAGUGGGCAAGUCAAUGCCGAUGCAUCAGCAGUUGGUCAACAAGGAUUACACUCGUGGUGGCUCAUUUUCAAGGCUGGAAAAGGCGUGGACAAGUGCCACCGCGCCACUUUCAGGUUCUGGUGCAGUUCUGUCAUUGCCAAGUGCCCAUGCGUCCAAUGCCACUCAGAAGGCAUUGGGCGGACUGUUCAAGACCCGAGUUCGGUCGGCCAUGGGAGUUUUGGUUGAGGCCAAAACCUUUUAAGAACGUUCAUAUCAAGUGCAUGUGUGCUAGCUUCCAAAUUUUGUAUUUUGAAUUUGUUCAUACCCAACUUUAUUCCCCCCCCCCCCCUUCCUUUUUUUUUAUUAUCAUAACAUUAUCCGUCUUGAUGUUUCCAUCCAUUCACGUCAAAUGUUGUUAUCUUGUUCAUGUCGAGUGAUCUUCCUGAAAUGAAAGCCCUCCCCUCAACAGUAU